AUGAGCAAACUGCGUUACUAUGACAUAGCCGUGAACCUGGCGGACCCGAUGUUCCAGGGCGUCUACCGGGGCAAGGCGCGGCACGGUGGAGACUUGGCAGCAGUGCUCGAGCGCUGUCGUGGUGCACGGGUUGAUGUGCUUCUGGCGACAGGCUCGUCGCUGGCGGAGAGCGCCCACACACGCGCGCUGGUGCGGGAAUACGCGGGUAAUGGCCCACGGCUGCUGUACACGGCGGGUGUACACCCAUGCUGUGCGGAUGAGCUUGCGCGGCCCGGGGCGCUGGCGGAACUGCGGCAGCUGUGGGCAGAGUGCGCUGGAGACGAGACGUUCCGGGCGCUAGGGGAGAUGGGGCUGGACUACGACCGGCUGGAGCACGCUGGGCGGCCCGCGCAGCUGCGCGCGUUCGAGGCGCAGCUACGGCUGAGCUGCGAGUUUGCGGCGGUGCCGCUGUUUCUGCACAUGCGUGCGAGCUGCGCGGAUUUCAUCGAGAUGAUGGGCCGGUUCGUGCGCGGGUUUACAAGCGCGGACGAGCUCGACGAGGAGCUGCGGGCCGCGGGCGCGCGCGGCGCGAACGCGAGCGGCCGGACUGAGUACCGGUUUGCGGCGGAGCGCAAAAUGGUGGUGCAUUCGUUCACGGGGACGGCAGCCGAGCUGGACGCGCUACUGGCGCUGUCACCGCACGUAUACAUAGGGCUCAACGGAGCGUCGCUGCGGACCGCGGAGGGUCUGGAAAACGCGCGGCGCCUGCCGCUACAGCGGCUGCUGCUGGAGACCGACGCGCCGUGGUGCGAGAUCCGGCGCACGCACGCGGCACACGAGCUGAUAGCCGAGGGCGGCCCGGAGGCGUGGCGCGAGGCUUACCCGGACUUGACCGAGUGGUACGAGAGCGUCCGGGCGGAGCGCUUGGACCGGGUGCCCGAGGGCGAACGCGCGCACACCAUGGUGCGGUCGCGCAACGAGCCGUGCGCAAUAGGGCAAGUGGCGGUGGCGGUGGCGCGCGCGCGCGGCGUUUUAGUGACCGAGGUGGCCGAAGCGGCGUGGCAAACUGCAUGCGCGGUGUACGGAUCGUGA